AACGAACGUUUAGGUAGCUUAAAAUACCAAAAACAACCUAAAUAUUUCAAAUAAAUUGUAUACUAGCGAUCGAAAACCAUUUAGAUUUCAAUUUGUUGAAAUAUCAGCUGUCAGAAUUUAGAGAAAGACAGUUUUUUAGACGUCAAACUAAAGUAGCAGCAGUUACACGCCAGUGGCGGUAGAGGGCAGCAAAGGAACUCGGACACAGACAUUGAAGCGAGAAGAAGACAAAUGUAAACAUGUCAGGCUACAUUGACUGUCACUGUCACAUUUCUGCCAGAGAUUUUGACGAGGACUUAGAAGAUGUCAUCGAGAACGCGAAGAAGGCGGGACUGUUGGCGCUGCUGGCCGUUGCUGAACAUGUGGGAGAGUUUGAGAAGAUCAUCCAGCUGUCACAGAGGUUCCCAGGUUUCAUUUUUCCCGCGUUAGGAGUCCAUCCUGUUCAAGAAGUUUCUCCACAGCAGCAGAGAGGAGCUUCUCUGCAGGAUCUUGCUGCUGCGCUGCCCGUCAUUGAGAACUACAAAGACCAGCUUGUUGCCAUCGGAGAGGUGGGCUUGGAUUUCACUCCCAGGUUUGUCAGCAGUGAGAGCGAUAAAGACGACCAGAGGAAAGUCCUCAUCCAGCAAGCUCAGAUCGCCAAGCGGCUGGAUCUCCCUCUAAACGUCCACUCCAGAUCUGCAGGAAGACCCACCAUCCAGCUGCUGCAGGAGCAGGGGGUGGAGAAGGCGCUCCUUCAUGCGUUCGAUGGCAGACCGUCCGUGGCCAUGGAGGGCGUGAAGGCCGGGUACUUCUUCUCGAUCCCGCCGUCCAUCGUGCGGAGUGAGCAGAAGCAGAAGCUGGUGAAACAGCUGCCGCUGGAAAACAUCUGCCUGGAAACGGAUUCUCCGGCUCUCGGUCCAGAAAAACAGGUCAGAAACGAGCCGCGGAACGUCCAGAUCUCUGCCGAGUUCAUCAGCCGGGUCAAAGGCGUGUCUCUGCAGAGCGUCAUGGAGGUGACCACUCAGAACGCCCUGCGGCUCUUCCCCAGGAUAAAGCCCGCCCUCCUGGCCUGAGGGGAGGGGCUUAGACCUCGACAUGUUUUUGAUGUUUUAUUAAAACAGCAGAAUGUGAUGGAACUCUCUGGAA